UUUGGUUAACUGUUCUUACCAAAGCUUAGAAGCUCGUCAUGAGGUCGGUUGCCAGGUCCGCCUGGGAUCCGGAUGCGCCUGCGCGAACGACCACGAAAAUGAAUCCGAUUUCGCCUCGUACAGUGUUUGCUCCGGUGCCGCGGCUUUAAGAGGGGGAUAUCGCCGCCCUGGUUUUCGCUUGCUCACACUGAUUCAAUCCCGAGUUUACCCGGUACUGAGUUUGCGAGGCGAUCCGCUCCUGCUCAGAGCGCGGGUGAACAGCAUGGAGCCGAUCAUGGCGGCGGGCAGAGUGCCGUGCGCACAGGGGCAGGGCCAUGAGCUGCAGCAAGAUUUCGACUACUUCUUGGUAGUGGACUUCGAGGCGACGUGCGAGAAGGACGCGCGGAUCUACCCGCAGGAGAUCAUCGAGUUCCCCGCCGUCCUCGUCGACGCCGCCACCGGCCGCCUCGAGUCCGCGUUUCGCCGCUACAUCCGCCCGAAACACCACCCCGUGCUCACCCAGUUCUGCAGGGACCUCACCGGCAUCCGGCAGGAGGACGUCGACGGCGGCGUCGACCUCGGCCAGGCGCUCCGGCUGCACGACGCUUGGCUGAGCGCGGCGACGACGGGGGCAGGGGCCAAGAGAUGCGGCGGCCGAUUGGCCGUCGUCACGUGGGGAGACUGGGAUUGCCGCACCAUGCUCGAGUUCGAGUGCCGCUUCAAGGGCAUCGAGAAGCCCUCCUACUUCGAUCAGUGGAUCAACCUGAGGGUUCCCUUCCAGGCGGCGCUCGGCGGCGGAGGGCGGUUCACCCUGCAGGAGGCGGUCCGCGCGGCGGGACUGGACUGGGAGGGACGCCUGCACUGCGGGCUGGACGACGCGCGCAACACGGCGUGGCUUCUUGUCGAGCUCAUGCUGCGCGGGGUCAAGAUGAGCAUUACCGGCUCGCUGGCGCCGCCACGACCGAUCCAGCAGCAGCCGCCUCACACAAGCCCUUGCCGUGGCUCCUCAGCACUGGCGCCGCCGCCCAUCCAGCAGCAGCAGCAGCCGCAGCCUCACGUAAGCACCUGCAGUGGCUCGUCUGUGACGUGCUUCUCCUACUGCGGCCAGCGGGUGGCGACCAGAGGAGGUGUGGUGUCGGUGCCGGGAUCGAUGCAGGGGAAGUGCUUCUUUGCGUGCGUCAAUGGGUGCCGUGUGUUGUUCGUGUGUAGCAACUGAACGAGCCACGACAUGAGUCUAGUAUAUGGAGUAGCAUAAUACGGUGCGUUGCCAACGAUGUUUGACGAAACAAAGAUGUACAGACUCUUCCAAUAAUAAUUUAUAUAUUUUCUUUAUUAUUUUACUAUAUGUAGAAUAGGGCACUCUAGAAUCAGACAUACUCUACAUGAGUCGCAUGUUUUCCAUAGAGUCCUUCAAAAGUGUUAGAUGAACGAUGAAGUCACUAAACAAGUGAAAAUAAAUAAUGCAGAAGAGUGAUAAUUAUGAACGAGAAUAUUUCUUAGUUCAACAUCAACAGGCAUUUAUAAUUUAUUCUUUAUUAAUUUUGUCUGGACGAGAGCUAGUCGAGCUUAUUUUUCUGGCUUUCACAGGCGGCACGGUGUUAUACCAUAUACAAAAACAUAUAUUUCAUCACAGAGGGGUUCCAUCGUGGUAGCAUGCCACCAAGACGUAACAUGUGUCAUGUCAGAGUCUCUUCAAGCCUGGGCUUCUUUAUUGGAGGCUCUUUGAUUAGUUCAGCACGCUCGGCAGUUUAUCAGAAACAUCGCCCAACUAUAUUAAUAUCAACCAAAAAAAUGUAAUAAUGCAUGCCAAAGAAAUAUGCAUGGUCAUCAUGUGAGGAUGCACAUUGUAUAGCACAUGUUGUAAGUCAUAGUUAACUUGGACAUGGAACUGCAGAUGGUAAAUAUAUUUAGAGUCAAAAGAAGAUUGCCACCCUGGCGCGGCGGGCUUGCUCGCCAACACGCACAAGCAUCGAUGGGACAAUGCACGCGGCACCGUCGAGCUUGCCUUAUCACGCCAACUCAGUGCGGCGUCCAACAGGCUGCGAGGCAACUAGGCUGGGGAGUUGUUGUCGUGAUACGGUGCAUCGACGGUGGUAACAUGGUUGCGACAUAAGUCUGCUUAUCCGGGUGAAAUUCGAUAUGAAUGUCCACAGGCUCCUCAAGCACCCUCCCAUGAUAACGUGUGAGGGAGUCCUGUAUUAGGGGUCUCCGAACAGCCGAACUAUAACCUUUGACCGGACUGUUA